CACGACACUGAACUGCAACUAAAAGGAACCCGAAGUCUCGUCCUCUCAGCCUCUUUCUCGGCAACAAUGGCCAAAACCACCAAAGCUAAGAAGCUCAAACCCUCCGCCGACACCAGCAGAAAGCUCACCGAAAAAGUCCUAAAAAAAGAUUCCAAAAGUGUACAAAGACCCGAGAAGAACAAACCCGAUACGGGAAUAUCGGACUCAGAUUCCGAAGCCGAUACCGAUAAGCUGACGGCGGUUCUAGAACCCUACUCCAAAGAGCAGCUCAUCAACCUUAUUUCCUCCGCCGCCGUCACAAACUCUGCCCUCUACCACCACCUACAAGCGGCGGCCGACCGCGAGGUAACACACCGGAAAAUCUUCGUCCACGGACUCGGGUGGGACACUACGCCUGAGACGUUGAAAUCCGUGUUUGAUAUUUUCGGCGAGAUCGAGGAUUUGAAGCUCGUGAUGGAUAGAGUGACCGGAAAGGCAAAAGGGUUCGCUUUUAUCGUUUUUAAAACCAGAAAAUCUGCUGAGAAAGCGCUCCAAAAUCCUCAGAAAAAGAUCAACAACCGAAUCGUGUCGUGGCAGCUGGCUUCUGUGGGCCCCACGGCUUCUGCAGCCGCCGCCGCGGCUAAGGAGGGAAAGGAACAUGAUAAUAGUAAUACUAAUAACAACAGUACUAGUAAUAACAGUAAUGGGAUUGGGGAAAGAAAGAUUUAUGUCAGUAAUGUACCGAGGGAUGUUGAUAAGGAGAAAUUGAAGGAGUUCUUUGAAAGAUUUGGGGAGAUCGAAACAGGGCCGUUUGGGUUCGAUGUGAACACUGGCAAGUCAAGAGGGUUUGCCAUUUUUGUGUACAAGACUGCGGAGGGUUUGAGAAAGGCCUUAGAGGAACCGGUGAAGGUGUUUCAAGGUCACCAAUUGCAUUGCCAGAAAGCAGCUGAAGGGAAGAACAAGAAUUUUAAUAAGGCUUAUUCAUCUGUACAAGGACAACAAACGGUGCAAGGGCAGCAAAUGGUGCAAAGAAAUCAUCAGGGGCAGGGCCAAGGCCUAGGGCAAAUACAGGAUCAGAGUCAGAUGCUUGCUGCCAUAGCGGCUGCACAGAAUUUGGCAUUGUUUGGGCAGCAUCCAGGAUUGAAUCCGGUUUAUGGAGGAUUAUUUGCGAAUCCUGGAUUGAUUAAUCCUAUGGUGGCUGGGGCAUUGAAUCAAGCUGUUGUGCCUUCUAGCCAUGUGCCUGUGGGUACAGUAGGUGGUUUAGGAUCAUAUGGGACUGGUCAGAGUUUGCAACAUGUUUAUCCUAAUGCACAGGGUAAAACUCAUGGGACUGGUGGGUCUUUUCCUGGUUAUACAUCAUUCUACAUGUGAUGAUUUUCAGCCGAGCUUAGAGGAACGAUAUUCAUGGCACUUUGGGGGGUUUUUAUCUAGUUUUUCUAUGGUUCAAUAGUGAAGUUUGAACUUUUCAUAUACUUCAUACUUUUGAAUUUACCCAAGCUUGGCUGGAACUUGGUGGGCCUUUUCUUCUUCUUUCACCUUAUCUUGUUUUUUCUUUCUCUUUUUUCUUGUUUCACCUUCGUAUCCUUAUAUUCUUCUUCUUCAUAAUGACUUUCUUGGGACUUCUUAUCUUGUAAGAAUUUGUGACUUUUGGUAUUUCUUAAGUAAAAUUUCUUUACAUUUACAGCCUA